CGGGGAUGCCUUGCGGUGCUCGCGCCGCGCCGCGGGGCCAGGGUGCGAGGAGCGGCCAGGCCUGAGCUGGGCAGCCGCGCUCACGGGCUCCGGCUGCGGCGCGGCCCCGAGCUGGGGCGGCGGCAGGCGGGCAGGCAGACAGGCAGCGCGCCGGGCAGCCCGAGGCCGGCCGGCAUGGCGGCCGCGUGGGGGCUACGGGGGCCGGCGUGGCGCCUCUCAGCCGCGCUGCGGGCGCCGUGGCGGGGGCUGGCGGCCACGUCAGCAGAUGCUCACUCGUUGACACCCGAGGAGAGGAAUCAAGUUGUACUUGACCUUAAAGCAGCAGGAUGGUUGGAAUUACGUGAGAGAGAUGCAAUCUACAAAGAAUUCACCUUCAAAAAUUUUAAUCAGGCAUUUGGCUUUAUGUCCCGAAUUGCCCUUCAAGCGGAGAAGAUGAAUCAUCACCCAGAGUGGUUCAAUGUGUACAACAAGGUGCAGAUUACGCUCACCUCACAUGAUUCUGGUGGACUGACCAAACGAGAUGUAAAACUGGCCAAUUUUAUUGAAAAAGUAGCCGCCUCUGUGUGAUUUAUUCCAAAAUGCAUAUCAAGUCAUGUUCAUAUCAUAGCUGGGAUGUAUUUUGGAGUGAUUCGAGCCUUUAAAUUUAGUUCACCUUUAUACCACAUUUUGUAAGACCAGCGCUUCAAAUACAAGAUAAUUUAAACUUGAAUCUAAAGUAAUUUUUAUUACAUCCAGUCACACGUAUAAUCUACCUUAUAAGGCAGAUUAACCUGUCAUUAUAUUAAUAAUAUUCAAAAGGAGAAAUAGUAUUCUUAUAGGCCAGAAGUUAGGAUGGAGUAGUAUUCAUGCAUUUUAUAAUCCAGAAAUUCAGCUGAUUACAGUGACUUUAAAAAUAUAUAGUUAUAAGGUAGAAAAAAAUUAUGAACUCCGAAGAUACCCGGGAUAUUGGUGGUGGGGAAUGUGCACAGUGGAGGGAUGGGUGUUUGAUCAUUGUGAGAUUGUAACCCAAACUUGAAAGCUUGUAACUA